GUUUGAAUAAUGUUAUCGAAACGACUAGAAGUACGCAUUGGAAGUAGCAUUUCCGUUUCACGAACGCCAGUGGGGAAAUACCGAAGCUCUAAACGUAAUCGUUUCGCGGUUAAGACACCGAUGGAUGAAAUUACAACACUGUUGUGCCAAAUCAUCAAUACAGAGGUACUGAAAAUGCUGGGAAAAAUUCAUCUGGAAAUAUUGAAAAAGCUCAUUUUUUUGCGUUUCGUAGCCUCUGAUCUAACAAAAUUGACGGUGUACGAAGCUAUCGAAAGUGAAAUCUGCUUUUUGCUUUGGAAAUAUAACAACGCACUGACAAACGUUUAGCAACCUUGAUAAAUG